AUGGCAGGCAAUAAGUUGGUGUUAGAGGGGAAGACUAGUAUUAUUAGCUUUUUCUGUGGACUCGGCGUUCUUUUGAUCCCCUUUCUUACAACAGUAGCACCUCAUAUAGACUGGGUUCUCGAGUAUUUAACGGGAUCUAAUGGUAAAAUAGCCUCGGUUGUGUACCUCACAGUAAUCAACGGCUUCCUUCUACUGAUAUACAAGGGACCUCUAUACAAGGUCGCCGUGCGUGCAUGCUUUCUUGGAUUUGCCUUCGGAUGCGGUAUCAUAAUAAGUUGUGCAGACACAACAUGGACACACUUUGGAUGGUACAUGUGUUCACUCGCCUUCUUCCACUACUCGGAGUAUCUGGUGACGGCGAUCAUCAACCCACGCAGUCUCACACUGGAUUCCUUCCUCCUCAACCACAGUUUCGAAUACACGAUUGCUGCUGCGUCAUCGUGGAUUGAAUUCAUAGUAGAGAAGCUGCUAUUUCCAGAUGGGAAACAGAUGACAUGGCUCAGUGUGCUGGGGCUGGGGAUGGUGAUAUGCGGUGAGUUCCUGAGGAAGAUGGCCAUGUUCACGGCCGGCUCCAACUUCAACCACAUCGUGCAGAACGAGAAGUCGCAGAGCCACAUCCUGGUCACCGGCGGCGUCUACGCCUUCUUCAGGCACCCCUCCUACGUGGGCUGGUUCUACUGGAGCAUCGGCACACAGGUGAUGCUGUGCAACCCUAUUUGCAUCCUGGGCUACACGCUGGCCAGCUGGCGCUUCUUCCGCGAGCGCAUCGAGGAGGAGGAGAUCUCCCUCAUCCACUUCUUCGGCGACGACUACAUCGAGUACAAGCGCAGGGUGCCCUCUGGCCUUCCCUUCAUCAGGGGGAUCAGGAUGGCCCCCUAAACCACACACACACACACAAAAACGUGGAACGGACUACCUCCACUACACUGAACUGGACUGGAUUGGAUUGGGUAGGAUAGGUGUUGUGGGAGGGCCUGCAAGAGGAGAUCCUGGGAUACGAAAUGCACAUUGUGUGAAAGGUGGGGGAAGCUAGAGCUAGAAACCCUCACCUGAACUUGACAGGCACCGUGAGAUUAGAGCAGGCUAGCUGUGGCUGUGGCUGUGGCCCGGAGUGUGAUGCUCUGGAUAUGCCCCGGGGGUUCCUGUCUCACCUCCCCCCCCUCUCUCUCUCUAGUCUGAUGGACCGGGGACCUGGGUCACAGCAUUAAGGGCAACCAGGACAACAAGCUGCAUUGUCUUGGGGACACUGGUCUGCUCUGAGCAUGGCUGAGGAGUUGAUGUAUCCACCAAUCGACUCCAAACACCACCACCACCACCACCACCAUCCACUGACCUCUCGUCUCGUGCACACCAAACAUGCACGGCACACAUGGCCACCUGGACUCAACCACACAGACACCUUCCAAAACAAAAAGUGUCUCGUUUUUCUUUUUUUGGUAAUCACACUCAUAAAAUUGUAAUGUACACGUCAUCUCUUUCUGUCACUCUCACACUUUCUCUCUCUGUCUCUCUCUCACGCACACUCAUUCCUCACUCUGUAUGUAUACAUUUCAUCUUUCAAAAAAAAAAGUCACCUUCAAUGUCUGUUGCAUCAGCCCACCCAGUGUAUAACUAGGGUGUUAAAUGUAAAGUUGUUUUGUUUUUUGCUGUAAUGUUUUAAGAUUCUCCAGAUCAUGUAGCCCCUCUGAUGGUUGUUCCAAAAGAUUAGAGAUGGGGAGCAAUGUUUGUUUCAUCAAGCAUAAAUGUUACUGAUUCAGGAAUACGUCUUGAAGAAUCAGGGCCACUGAUCACGUAUCUGGUGUCAUGUUUGCUUACGCAUCAUUUCCAGCAAUGGACCCUAAAUUAGAGUCUGGGCAUCUGACAAUAGAAACCAGUGUAUUGUCUUUUAGCCAGCGACAGAUUGUGUUCCUGUUUUAUUUAGUUUUGUAUUUAAAAAAGGAGUUUUAUAUGGACCUUGACCCAGAUUUUGGCAGUGUUUUUCCAUUCAGAUGUGUUAGCUGAAGUUCAUAUUCAAAGCCAUGUCCUGUUUUACUACUGUUUCGUUAGCAAGUUUUUAUCUGACUUUGUGGAGUGAUGAUGGUUAUUUAAAAUGUUUCCAAUAUUUGUGGCGAAUGCGAGAAGCAAUCUGUGUGCUUGGUUGUUGUGGUGGCCCGUGCUGGUCACGCUUGAUUUUAUGAUUAUGAUGAUGGACAUAAAUAAUGCUGUUAGCUGUGGAACAUCUGAGGAAUUGUGUUGCGGAUUUAAAUUAUUCAGAGGAUUUUCUACAUGAAGCAUUGAGUAGUGAUUGUGAUCCUUUCAGUGUGGCAUUUGAAAUUAAAGAAAACUUAUUUGAGUCAAGGGCCAGUUGUAGCAGACCUUUGUAGCUUGUCUGCAAGAGUGACCUGGUCUUGGAAUAAACCAAAAUAUACGUGCUUUCCAGAGGUUGAUGCUUUAUUCAGGGAAUUCUUCUGAGGUUUUUUUAAAUUCUAUAUAUUUUUUGUUUGUUUAUUUCAUCUUCAUUCCCACUCAUUCAUCUUCGUCACCCCCCACUCCUUGUGUUCAACCAUCUCAAAGUCUUGAAACCAACAGCAGCACUGAUUCCAGUAGCACAGUGGACCUGACCUGAGAAUGAAGGCUGAUGCGCAGCUGCCUCAGCACUCCUCAACUUGCUUGGGUUUAAGGGAAGAGAUUCAUCGGGUAUUGAUUUGUUUUGCCUGACGUGGCUUGGCUGGGCUGGGCUGGGCUUGGCAGGGCAAGGCCAAACCGGAAAUGCACUGACUGGAUUUGGUGUUUGAUGUGCACACAGAUUAUGUGUGGAGUAAUGGAAACUGACUGCUCAGCACACUUAAACGAAUUAAGAGCACUAAGUAUACACAAUGGUCCUGGGUUAUUGUGAACAUGAGCACAUGUGGUAGGUAUCUAUCUGUGAUAUUGCUGACGGGAUGCAGAUUUUUUUUUUUUUAGAUGAUGGUUGACUUGCACUAUAAUACAAACGCAGACCUAUUAGGGAAUUUUACUGUGGAGGAAAAAAAAGAGUUUACUUCCUAGGUGAUUACUGUGCAUUUACUCACGUUUUCAAAAUUGAAAUAAAAAAAGAAGAAAAAUGGAAACAUUUCAAAUGUGUGAAAUAAAGUUCAUGUUUAAUCA